ACAGUACGGUCUGUGGUCGCAAAGUAUUAUUUAUUUUCUUUGAGUUUGUUCGGUUUCUCCUAGAAUUUAAAAUAGAUUUAUGUGAAUUUAUUUAAUUAAUGUAUUGAGAUUGAUUCUGACAAAAUGAAUUCAUUUCUCGAUAGAGAGAUGGAAUUGGGUGAUACAGACCAUUUAUUAGAUAAAAUGUUAUGUGAUUAUGACGAUACUGUAAUGUCUUUGCCGGCCUUUGAAGCUGAACCGCAUCUUCUAAUAUCCAAAGUUCGUAAACAUUAUUUUGAAUAUGUGAUAAAGUUACUUUCUGUCAACUAUGAACAGAACCAAAAACUCCUCAAUAAGAAUAUUUAUUUGCCAAGCGCUAUCUGGAGGUGCGCGAAAUCUAUAGAAAUGAAUGCUGCACAGACGUGCAUGGUUGUGCAACUAUAUAGAAAAAGUAUUGUUGCAGUUAUCAAAGAAUUAAAAAGUGAUACAAAGAAUGGUAAAUUACACAGAAAAUUGUUUGAAUAUCUCCGCACACCUCCUGGAAAUGAUAAAAAAACACAAACUGAGCCAAUUAAUGUCAAUGACUGUAUGUGUCAAUGCGCCUGUAACUCACAGAAGAAACGCCGUAAAGUACCCAUGUCUCCCGUGGGCAACCAUAUUGAUAAGCUAAAUAAUGGAACAGCUGCAGAAUACCAGAACACCAAUCAACCCAUAUACACUAUACCAGUAAUAGAGAACCUACACGUAGAUAGUCCACAAAUGGCUAAAGAAAAAAAUCUCAUCAGUGAUCAAACACUUCAAACUCAAGGCAUGCCAGUUAUGCUCACUAAACCAAAUAUGUUAUCAAUGAAUCAAAGCACAAGAAUGUCCAUUGAAUCACAGGAUUCAGAUGAUUUAAUGCAACAGAUGGAAAAGCUGUUCCAAGGUGAUUCACAGGAAGAUGAUAUUUUUGAAGGUGGACUGUGUGAUGCUUAUGAAACUAUAGUACAUGAAGAUGGAGCCAAAAAAAGUACUGAACCAAAUUCUGCAUCAAUCCCAGAAUCAGUGAUAGAAAAUCAUGCAGCACAGAUCAAGUCAUUAGAUGAAAGAGUAUCUUCUCUUGUUGGUCUUUUGGUCAAUACCAAUGACAGUAAUAUUCCACAAGAAAAACCAGAAGAAAACCCAAAAAUAAAAAAAAGAAACUCUAGUAAGUGGAUUUGUGAGGAAUAUUUUCUCAAAUUAAAGCUGUAUGAAUUGUUAGAUGAAAUAGGGGAUAAGAACAGAAAAAAGCUUGCUCGGAUAAAAGAAAUGUUUACCGAGUUGUUUGGUGAUGAUAGUGAUGAUGAAGGUAUCAUGUCACCUCUGGAAGAAACGCCUGAAUUUGUUAUCAGCUGCAAAGAGCGUAUUGCGCCUUGGGUCAUAAAACUUCUCACACCAUUUUACAUCAAAGGACGGAUUAGAGGCAGAGCACUGUUUAAAGCAGUAGCUAAGCAUCUUAUACGGCUGAUAUAUCAGUGCAGUAAAUACCCUCACGAAUAUGAAGUUCACAGUUUUGUAUCAGACUUCCUUGAGAAUCAUAAAAUGAUAAGAUGUGAAGCUGAUUUCAAGCAAUUUAGGAUUGAUAAUUUGUGAACACCACUAAAUUGUUAUAAUGCAAGUUUUGUUUUCGUUAUGUAAAAGGGAACAAUAAAUCAUUUAUGUUUACUGCCUGUUA